AUUUACAGCUGCUGUUAUUUUUUUGGUUUUUGAAGCGUAAUGUGGCAUUUUUUUACACUGAACAAUCAUUUUCUGUCUGUUUUUCUGCCAGUUAAACUUUUGCUUUUCCAAUAAUGAGCCGUCGCGCCGCACCAAGCACCUCAUCCACUGCUUCUAAUGUGCCAAAUGCAACAACACCUCCGGGCCAAACACAACCUCGGAACCAAAGUGCCAGCAAGUUUAUGAAUGAACUACACAGCAUCCACGAGCCAUCGUGGGUUAUUGCUGCGCUUUGCAUUGUGAGUUUGUGCCUGCUGCUGUCAUGCGCUCUAUGUGUGUGGAAGAAGUGCAUAAAAAAGAAGGACAAGGACAAGGACAAGGAAAAGAAAAAGGGAAACGACAAGAGCAAAGGAGGCUUUGACACUGAAAUGGAUGGAGGUCACAAUGAGCCCCUGAAAGAUGAAAUCAACAAAGAAACAGAGCUGUCAGAAAAAGAGCCCAAGGAGAGCGAGAGGCUUGGCAGACUACAUUUCACAUUAGACUAUAAUUUCACAGAAAAUACGCUGGUGGUGGGCAUCUUGCAGGCCGCAGAACUUCCUGCGAUGGAUGUGGGAGGUAGCUCUGACCCUUAUGUUAAACUCUACCUGCUCCCAGACAAAAAGAAAAAGUUUGAAACCAAAGUUCAUAGGAAGACUCUGGAACCCAAUUUCAAUGAGACUUUUACAUUUAAGGUACCGUACACUGAACUGGGAGGGAAGACACUGGUGCUGACUGUGUACGACUUUGACCGCUUCUCAAAACACGAUGCCAUUGGAGUUGUGAAGAUACCCAUGAGCGGUGUGGACUUCAGCCAGUCUCUGCAGGAGUGGAGGGAUCUGCAGAAGCCAGAGAAAGAGGAGAGUGAGAAGCUUGGAGACAUAUGUUUGUCCCUGAGGUAUGUGCCUACUGCAGGAAAGCUGACAGUGGUGAUUUUAGAGGCCAAAAACCUGAAGAAAAUGGAUGUGGGGGGAUUAUCAGAUCCCUAUGUGAAAAUCCACUUAAUGCAAAAUGGAAAGCGACUCAAGAAAAAGAAAACUUCAAUAAAGAAAAACACUUUGAAUCCUUAUUACAACGAGUCAUUCAGCUUUGAAGUGCCAUGUGAACAGAUAGAGAAGGUGCAGAUAGCAGUGACUGUGCUGGACUAUGAUAAGAUUGGGAAGAAUGAUGCCAUAGGGAAGGUGCUGCUGGGUGUAAAUGGCAGUGGGACUGAGCAACGCCACUGGGCAGACAUGCUGGCCAACCCCCGGCGGCCUAUAGCCCAGUGGCACAGCCUCCAACUAGAGGACGACGUCAACGUGCAAAUUUCCAACAAGAAGUGA